UGAAAGACUGAUUGAAAAUGGGAAAGUGCAGAGGCAGCUCCUCUUAGUGAUACACUAUCUUAUACAUCAAAAGAGCACAGAUGAGAACAUGAGAGAUUGUAAAAACCCUCAGUUGGGAGGAGUUAGAUAAACACUCACCAAUAACCUGCCUGUUAAACCUUUGCCAGAAUGUGUGAGUCUGAGAGAUAAAGGGAGCUAUAAAGGGGGAAGCAGCUGGCAGGGCACCAGACCAGGCUGACCACAGCUCCCAAAAGGUUGUGGCCCAGGUUUGAAGAAAAGCACUCCUAAGGAAUCGGUAUGGAGCCUGAGGAGUACAGACAGAGAGGGAAAGAGAUGGUGGAUUAUAUUUGCCAGUACCUGAGCAAUGUGAGAGAGAGACGGGUGACUCCUGAUGUACAGCCAGGUUACAUGAGAGCCCAGCUGCCAGACUCUGCCCCAAUGGACCCAGACAGCUGGGACAGCAUCUUUGGAGAUAUAGAGAAGAUUAUUAUGCCAGGGGUAGUCCAUUGGCAAAGUCCACACAUGCAUGCCUACUUUCCAGCUCUAACUUCCUGGCCUUCACUCCUUGGAGAUAUGUUGGCUGACGCAAUUAACUGCUUGGGAUUCACAUGGGCCUCCAGCCCAGCCUGUACAGAACUGGAAAUGAAUGUGAUGGAUUGGUUGGCUAAAAUGCUGGGCCUUCCAGAUAAAUUCCUUCACCACCAUCCCGACAGUGUGGGUGGAGGAGUAUUACAGAGCACCGUGAGUGAAUCAACCUUGGUUGCACUGCUGGCAGCAAGGAAGAACAAAAUUCUGGAGAUGAAGGUUUCUGAGCCAGACACUGAUGAGUCCUCGCUCAAUUCUCGCCUCAUUGCUUAUGCAUCUGAUCAAGCACAUUCCUCUGUAGAAAAGGCUGGCUUGAUUUCUCUUGUGAAGAUAAAAUUUCUGCCUGUGGAUGAGAACUUUUCCCUCAGAGGUGAAACUUUGAAGAAAGCCAUUGCAGAAGACAGAAAGAAAGGCCUGGUGCCAGUCUUUGUUUGUGCAACUUUGGGUACAACUGGUGUCUGUGCUUUUGACAAUCUCUCAGAACUGGGUCCAGUUUGUGAUGCUGAGGGACUCUGGCUUCAUAUUGAUGCUGCAUAUGCAGGAACAGCAUUUGUAUGUCCUGAAUUUCGAUUGUUUUUGGAUGGAAUUGAAUAUGCAGAUUCCUUUACAUUUAAUCCUUCUAAAUGGAUGAUGGUCCACUUUGACUGCACUGGAUUUUGGGUUAAAGAUAAGUACAAGUUACAUCAAACCUUCAGCGUUAACCCUGUCUACCUCAGACAUGCCAAUUCAGGAGCUGCAAUUGACUUCAUGCACUGGCAAAUUCCACUGAGUCGUCGAUUUCGUUCUUUGAAGCUGUGGUUUGUGCUUCGCUCGUUUGGGGUGAAAAAGCUUCAAGCUCAUGUCCGACAGGGUACUGAAACAGCCAAAUUCUUUGAAUCCUUGGUUAAAAGUGACCCACUCUUUGAAAUUCCUGCCAAGAGACAUCUUGGACUCGUUGUAUUUCGCCUAAAGGGUCCCAAUUGGCUGACAGAAAAACUCCUGAAAGAGCUAAGCAGUUCUGGCAGGCUCUUCCUCAUUCCAGCAACCAUCCAUGACAAGUUCAUAAUUCGCUUUACUGUGACAUCUCAGUUCACAACCAGGGAAGAUAUUCUGCAGGACUGGAACAUCAUUCAACACACUGCAGCUCAAAUCAUUAGCCAGAAUUAUGGGUCACACUACAUCAAUUCUGGUGAUGGGGCAGGAAUCCCCACUACUUCUGAUGCCAUUAGUAAUGCUCCUCAGCUUUAUUUAGAUGGAGGGAAAUACAAAAUACCUUCCAGAAAAACAGUAGUUCACCCUAAGAAAUUAUCAGUAAGUCCCAGUACAUGUGUGAUUAGUCAGCAGGUAAAAGGUCAAGAGGAUCCUCUGGAUGACUGUUUUCCAGAAGAUGUCCAAGAUGUUACCAAACAUAAGUUAACCUCUUUUUUAUUCAGUUAUUUAUCUGUUCAAGGCAAGAAAAAGACAGCACGUUCCCUUAGCUGCACCAGUGUGCCAAUGACUGGUAAUCUGGAGCAAUGCAACCCCAAAGCAGCAGCCACUGACAAGAAGGAGUCUCGUGCAAAUGCCAGAGUUCUUUCCAGGCUGCCUGAAGACAUGAUGAUGUUCAAGAAAGGUGCCUUCAAAAAACUAAUUAAAUUCUACAGUGUCCCAAGCUUUCCAGAGUGUAGCAUCCAGUGUGGCCUUCAGCUGCCUUGUUGUCCUCUGCAAGCCAUUGUUUAACAAGUAAGAGAGCUUGGUCCUUAGGAAGAGAAACAAAGUUUGCCUAUUCACAUGCAAUACUACAUGUUCUUUUGUUCAAAAUAUAAGCUGUGGCAAUGACCACUGAGAAAAUGCCUGUGCUUUUACUGGUGAAAACCUCAUGUAUUUAUAGGUUAAAAUGUCAAAUAAAUCUUGUAGGCCUAUAACAUGAAA